UGCGCCUCAGCAUGGCUUUGGAACAAGUGCAAAAACCGGUUCACCCCAAUGUCCACCCGGAUAAUGUGUAAACAGACGGAAGCAACGAAUUGGAAGACGCGGCAUGCACCAAGCCCCAUGCAAAAGUUGCUGCAGCCUUAUUUGCUCGUCUGAAUGACCGCCAUUCUUCAUCGAGGACCCUCAACGUGACAUCUCGAUCCCACGCUGGAGAAGCUCUCUAAGGAGUCAGUUCCGCAUUGCAAGUAGAAUUAAGAACCGACCAACUAUUGCUCAGAUCUCGCCUCCUUGACAACGUCGCCGACCUUGCGGCACCUUCGGCGAUUACUUGAACCUUGAAACCUAGACAUGCCAUAGCGUCAAUCCUAACAGCAUUGAGGUUAUGAUGGUUGAACUUACCUAUGAUAUCAUAUGAUCGGUGAACAGAAGAGUAAUGUAUCACCGUGAUUCGGCAAGGUGGUAUGAUGCUGGAUCUUUCUCGUCCUCCAUUGAAGACAGAAGUCUGGACUCCCAUUUUGAAAAGGUUCUAGAUCUUCACCUGGUAUCAAACGUUGCACUUGCAGUUCCAUGUGGUGGAACAAACAAUUAGCUCCUUGCAUGAGCAUCAUGACACAAGUCAUUCGACUGUGGUACCUGAGUUACAUCGCAACUGGUCCGUCACGAUAUCAACAACGCGUUCAAUCUCUGUGCCGACUGCCGAGCCAUGAUAUGUGCGGAAGACACGAGAAACGAAAACUGAGAUGUCGUAGACCUCUGUUCUGAGCAGUAGUACUCUCCUUUGUAACGUCCGCAGUCCCGAGUACCCCCACAUGGUCGCCGAACAUGCCCUUUCUCCGCCUCGCCAUGUCUCGAUCGAUGGAAUCGAUUGGAUCCCAUGCUUGAGGGCUACACACCGCCAGGAACCACCACCUCACAUCAGAACCUACUCUCGACUGCCCGCGACCAGCUUCCUGUUUUGUUCGCCGCAUUUGUUGAGAAGGUGUUGGCGCCUGGCCGAAAUCUUGGUACCACGAUCCCGUGCCGCUUUCGUAUACCCCGACGCCGUCUCCGGACCACACUCUAAGAUGUCUUCGAGUGUGUGGGAGAAUUGUCGUUGUUGUUGCCUGUAGUGGUGGUCAAAUUAAGCUCAUACCAAAUAUAGACGCCUUGGAUGGGACUAGAGAAAGGCUGCUCCGUGCCCCCGAGUCCCUGACAGGGGUAGCAAAAUAACAACGGCCGUCUUCUGUCUUGGCAGCAACCACAAGGGCCACCAUUGCUUGGCGGACAUAUACAUCGAUGAAUAAAUGGUAAUGUAAGGGAGUUGCUUGCAUUCGGCAGCUCUUUGUGGUGAUCUCAUGGACAUAAAUGGGGUCGCACUGUGGUGAAGAUCUUGGGACCUGUCAGUUUGACGUCAUCCAUUUUCGCAAACUAUAUCAACCUCACAAGUAACAAAAGCACAUCUCACAAUUCUCAAACCAAGCCAGACCACACUAAACUACCAUCACGUUAAAUCAUUGUUGAUUUCGUUCCUGUUGGGUCAAAAUUCAAAAAUAUAUCCAGCCAAGAUGUCCUCAGCAAUCGUGUGCGGCGCAACCGGCAUUCUCGGCCGAGAAAUCGUCUACCGCCUCGCCUCCAACCCUACAAAAUGGAAAACGAUCCACGCCCUCUCCCGCUCCAAAAAAGACGACUACCCCUCCAACGUAGUCCACAACCACAUCGACCUCCUCCACUCAGCCGAAGACAUGGCCAAAGACCUUGCCUCCGUCUCAGGCGAAUACGUCUUCUUCGCAGCCUACAUGCAAAAGGACAGCGAGGAAGAAAACUGGAAAGUCAACGGCGACAUGCUCGCCAACUUCCUCCGCGCGCUCACCCUCACCGGUGCCGCCAAAUCCAUCAAGCGGAUCCUCCUCGUCACGGGGUGCAAGCAAUACGGCGUCCACCUCGGCCGCGCCAAGAACCCGAUGAUGGAAUCUGACCCCUGGCUUACGGACCAGAACAUCUACCCGCCCAACUUUUACUACAGACAGCAAGAUAUCCUCCAUGAUUUCUGCAAGGCUAACCCCCAUAUUGGAUGGAACGUCACUUACCCUAAUGAUGUGAUCGGUUUUGCGAACGGGAACUUUAUGAACCUGGCUUCCGGACUGGGGAUUUACGCUGCUGUUUGCAAGGAGCAAGGGAGGAAACUGGCUUUUCCUGGGAAUGAGGGGUUUUACUCGGGUUUUGACUGCUACACUAGCUCCAAGCUCCACGCGGAAUUCUGCGAGUGGGUUGUGUGCGAGGACAAGACGAGGAAUGAGGCGUUUAAUGUGGUGAAUGGGGAUGUGCAGACUUGGGAGGAUAUGUGGCCCAGGCUGGCGAGGAGAUUUGGGAUGGAGGUUGAUCAGGGACAGUUUCAACAAGAGGUUGGGGAAUUGGCAGGGAAAGUUGAGAUGAAUGAGGUGCCGCCUAUUAAGGCUUGGGAGAAGGAGUUGGGGUUGGAGGGGAGGGUGAAGAAGAACAUGCUGAGUCAGAGGGUGAGUUUGGUCAAGUGGGCGCAGCAGGAGGAUGUCGAAAAGGCGUGGAAGAGGUUGGCGGAGAGGGAAGGGUUGCAGAAGGAUGGGUUAGAGAAGGGGACGUGGGCGUUUGUGGAUUUUGAGCUGGGGAGGGAUUUCGAUCUGGUGAUUAGUAUGAGUAAGGCGAGGGAGUUUGGGUGGACUGGAUAUCAAGAUACAUGGAAGGCAUUCUCGGAUGUGUUCGGUGAGCUUGAAGCUGCGAAGGUGCUGCCAAAGAGUCAUAAAUGAGAGUCCGGUACGCGAGGUCCUUACCAAGACGGGUGGUCAGGCACACAUUAUGUAGGCCCUCUAUUUCACCCGGAGAAUCUCCAUGGCACUCUAUGCUAUCAGACCAUCUGGUGUAGUACAAUCCAUUACGGUCAGUCAUAAGAAGGUCAAUUCAUAUUGAAUCAUCUACUACCUGCAUCUGAUUCAACCUCAGCCCUAUCUCUAGUGCAGAAUAGACCAAAAAAGAUGAUGAAGGUUCAUUGAAUGGACGAGACAUGCAGAAUCAUAUCAGUACGGCCAACAGCAUAUGUAAUGGUAAAAUAUAUUGUACAUGGGGCGCAGGCUUACCUGCUGGAGAUACCUUGGGUAUGGG